ACCACCAGAGCGAACGCUAAUGAACUCUGUUGCCUGGAGACGCCCUGAGGACUGGAGGAUAUGCUGAGGGAACUUCAUCUCUACCUGUCCCUGGUCCUACUGUUUGCCUGUGGCCUGCUGUACCAGCUCACCCUGAGGUCUCAGUGCUUCUUUGCCUGCCUGCCUCCCUUCAUGUCUCCACAGGGGCCAGAAAGCCUCCUGAGCAAUGGACGGAGCGUUGUGUUCAUAGAGACCUCUGAGAGAGUGGAGCCACCUCCACUGGUCUCCUGUGCCGUGGAGUCUGCUGCGAAAAUCUACCCUGAACAGCCCAUCAUCUUCUUUAUGAAAGGGCUUAGCAAUGCCAUGGAGCUGACUUCAAAUGCCAGCUACCCAGCCUUCUCCCUCCUGUCAGCCAUUGGCAAUGUUUUCUUUGUGCCUUUGGACAUGAAAAGACUAUUUGAAGACACGCCCUUGUUUUCAUGGUACACCAAAGUCAACAGCAGUACAGAGAAACACUGGCUCCAUGUGAGCUCCGAUGCAUGCCGCCUGGCUGUCAUAUGGAAGUAUGGUGGCAUCUACAUGGACACUGAUGUCAUCUCCAUCCGGGCCAUCCCUGAGGAGAACUUCUUGGCAGCACAGGGUUCCCGGCACUCCAGUAACGGGGUAUUUGGGUUCCUCCCCCACUACUCCUUUCUGUGGGCCUGCAUGGAGAACUUUGUUGAGCACUAUAACUCACGCAUUUGGGGCAACCAGGGUCCCAAUUUGAUGACAAGGAUGUUAAGAGUGUGGUGCAGACUUAAAGACUUCCAAGAGUUGGGUGACCUGAAGUGUGGCAACAUUUCGUUCCUUCAUCCUGAGCGAUUUUACCCCAUCCCCUACCCGCAGUGGAGGCGCUACUACCAAGUGUGGGACACGGAGCCGAGCUUCAACGCCUCCUAUGCGCUGCAUCUGUGGAACUACAUGAACCAAGAGGGCAGGACUGUGGUCAGUGGAAGCAACACUCUGGUGGAGAAUCUCUUUCGAAAGCACUGCCCCAAGACCUACAGCGUUCUGAUUCAAGGUGCAGAAGGGAUAGUGUCCAGGGAACCAAGUACAGGUACCAGAUAGAGGGCCACUGCUGCUGUGGGAAACUGGACCCUUCCUGGGCUGCCACACUUUUCACUUGGUCUCCAUUGUCUCUGGGGGCUAGGAGUUAAUCCACAUCUUCAGAGUUAACUUUCUAUGGGCAUGACAGAAUGGUUCCUAAGAAAACAG